AUGAACCGAAUGCAUCCAUUUGCUAUGUUUGGCUCGCUGCUGCUCUUCACGCUGCUAGGCGGAGUCAGUGCUCAGAUUCCGGAGGCCACACUCCUGGAAAAUCAUGAGAAAGGUGAGAUUCGUCUCGCCGAGGUUCGCCGCUAUGUGCUGCGAUCCAGGAAUGCCCGUCUGGGUCUCUUCGUCCAGAUUGGGCAUCACGACUGGGCUUCCCAGAUCUCUCACUGCCUUGAGGAGGUGCUCUCAGCGACAGACGAGCCGACUGGAGUCCACCUGAAUUUCGUCAACGGCACGGCUCCCUCCGAUGAUGAGGUGGAGGAGCUGCUCGGCUAUGUGCAGGGCAAGCACAGCAAGGCCAACAUUUUUGUGACGAACUCUGCAGGUGCCGCUGCAGACAUGCCUCAGUUCCUCAUGCAGUUGGAUUCCGCCACCCGGGGAGGAGUGGACUACGACAUUGUCCUGAAGCUCCGUGUGUCGCCUAAAGAUGACGUCCAGCAGCUGGCUUCUCAGUCGCUUUGCGGCUCCCGCUUCCAAGUGCGCUCUGUGCUGAACGCCUUUGCCACGCAGCCUUCGCUGGACCUGAUUGCCCCGGCAGGAACCAUUAUCGAUCGCAAGAUGAGCGCCAAGCACCUGGCACCGCCUGUCUUCAGCAAGAUCCUCGGCAAUCGCACCUGGGCAGGACCCAGCGCUAGCAGCGCCAAAGGCGUCCGGUCGCUUCUGCUCAUGAACACUGGCAACGUGGGUCUCCACGAAGCAGAGGACCUGACCACCUACGUUGCCGGGGGCAGCUUCUGGCUCCGACGCCAGGCCGAGCCCGUGAAGACCGCGGUCUCAGCUAUCCCUCGCCUAGCUCCCCUGAUUCAGCAGCACAACGACGAAGCUCGUGCCCUGGAACAUGCUCUCGAGUGCUUUGUUACCACAGCUCUUCGUCUUCGAGGCCGAAGCCUGGCCACCAUGCCCACGGCCCCCAAGGUCAUUGCCAUGUACUACCCGCAGUUCCACAAAGUGCCGGAGCUUGAGAAGUUCUUUGGAGAUGGCUACACAGACUGGAAGGCCCUGCAGGACUUCAAAGGUCAGGGACUCCGAAAGCCUUUGAGCGAGGAGCGUGGAGGACUGGGCUUCUAUGACCUCAUGAAGCGUCAGGUUCGCGGCCAUCAGGCGAAUUUAGCCAAGACUCAUGGAGUCCACGGCUUCUCCUACUACCACUACUGGUUCAACGGCGAGGGCGGACACAACAAGAGCGUCAUGUGGAAGGUGCCCUACCAGGUGCUCCAUGACGGUCAGCCCAAUUUGCCUUAUUUCCUCACCUGGGCCAAUGAGCCCUGGACCAAACGCUUCACCGGCAAUGCUGGCGAGGAUGUGCUCAUCGCGCAGACGUACGGUCAGCGCGAGCAGUGGGAGGAGCACUUUGAGCAUUUGGUGCAGUACUUCAAGGAUCAUCGCUACAUGAAGAUCGACAACAAGCCCAUCUUUGCCAUCCUGCGCCCACAGCUCCUUGAGGGGAAACUGGAGCCCAUGCUCAAGCUCUGGCGUAGCCUGGCCGUGCAGAAGGGGUUCCCUGGCCUCUACAUCAUUUCCUCCGUGGGCCGUCGUUUCUACGAGGAGCACAACUACAAGGCGGAGCUCUUGGACGGUGCCUUCCAUAAUUCCGCAAACUGCCGGGAUCUCUGCGGCGGUGUGGCUUCCAAUCGCGACCUUUUCCUGGUGAAGGAACCGCAUCAGUACUGGGGUGCCACUACUGGCUUCGACGGGCGUGUGCACGGCAACGGCGGGGCUAUGAAAGUCACGCCCAAGGAUUUCCAGCACGCCCUCGUUCAGUCGUUUGCCAACAUGACGGCCAUGCCACAGCGCCAUCUUCCUGAGAACCUGUUCUUCGUUGGCUCCUGGAACCACUGGGCGGAGCAGCACACGCUCGAGCCUGAUGACACCUACGUCUUCGGCUACCUGUCAGCACUGCGCAAUGCCUUGGAGCACGUGCAGCCCAAGAAGCUGGAGGCCCUGAAGACAGGCUCUACCACUCAUGAGAGCGUCUGA